AGAGAGCCGGGGCUGGCGGGGACAGCGAGGCGCGGGCGGCGGAGCGGCGGGAUGCGGCGGUGCCGGGGCGCAGGGCUGGCGGGGCUGGCCGCCGUGCUCCUGGUGGCUGCGGGCAGAGCCCAGGUGCAGCAGGAGCCGUCGGCAGAGACCACCGAGGGCAUCGGCAUCAGCAUCAACUGCUCACACCCCAACAUCCAGUCAUACGAGUUCAUCCACUGGUACCGUCAGCUCCUGGGCCGAGGCCUCACAUUCAUCGCGCUCAAUCACAAAGGGUCCAAAGAUGUGGCGGAGCCGCCGGGCCGGCUGUCGGUGGCGGCAGACCGCCGGUCCAGCGCCCUGUGGCUCGCCUGGCCCCGGCUCGGGGACGCGGCGGUGUAUUACUGCGCCCUGGGAGACACGGGGAGACGACCCCUAACCAGUGUGAGGAAUGAUAAGCUCACAUUUGGAAAGGGGACCACUCUCACAGUUAAGCCAAACAAAGAAAAAAGUUCUGUCCCAGAAGUCAUUGUGAUGAAAUCAAAGAAACUGGAAGAAGAUGGCAGCAUUGAGAAGGCAGCUUGCUUGGCAAGAAACGUCUAUACAAAGAGCAUCAGCUUGGAGAUGUCCUCCAAUGAGGUCAUAUAUGAACAGAGUACAUCCGUUUUGACAUCAGAGGGGUUGUACAAUGCUGUUAAGGUGAUCCGUGUGAAAAACGACACAGAGGUAACCUGCGUGGCCAAAUUCAACAACAGCACUUUUAUAGCCAACACAACAUCGCCAGAACAGGAGGCUGAAGAACCAGUAGCGGGGAAUAUUUGCAACACCACAGACAUCUCUGCACAAGCAGAUCCCAAAGUGGAGAAAGCGAACAUGCUGUCUAUGGCUGUCUUGGGUUUGAGAGUCCUGCUGGCAAAAAGUAUCGCCUUCAAUACACUCAUGAGUAUCAAGUUGUUUCUCUUCUGAGACAGUGGGGAAGCAAGGCAACAGCUAUCUGAAGAACAGCAGGAGAGAGCAUGGACCAGCAGCACAAUGGGUUGAACAACCAGUGUCUAAUCUGCUGACAACAGCCAUGCAGAACACACAUAGCACCUUCCCCUUAAGACAUUUUAUGCUGUUGAAUCCUUCCUAGGUAUUCUACUUAGUUUUAACAGUUGCAGCUGCUUUUGCUAUUUCUUUUUCUCUUUGAAUUAAGGAGAGUACAUUUUUCCUCAUCCCCCUGCUAAGUAGAAAUUGAACUCCCCACUUGUCCAGCCUUUGUAUGGAAGCAUCGAACCUGCUUCAAUAGCUUUGAAAAUACUACAGACGUAGGACCCUUUAAAAACACCUUUUACAGGCAUGUUAUGUUAUCUGAUGUAUUACUGCUGACAGAAUUCAAACACAGUAGAUAGUACUUUCAGCGUUAGUUUUUUAGAUAGCUUUAAUAACAAAAUUCUUCUAGUCCAGGUGAGGAGACCCGUGUUGGAUCUGAAGUGAUUCACUUCAACCAGAUAAUGUUCAACCAUAGAAGCAUUUCUUUAUUAAGCCUGUAUUUCUUCUGCAAAGUGUACGGCACAUGCAUUUUAGGUGAGAGUAGCAACGACCAAAAUAAAAUUUUACUAAGCAAAAA